GGCUCAUCUAUUAUAAAUGUUCUGACAUUUUUGUGUAAAAAUAAAGAAUUUCAAUGAUAAGCAAAAUAUAAAAUGAUAACAAAACCGUUAUAAAAGCGGUUCACCUGAGAUGUACUUUAUAUUUUGUUUCAAUUGUUAAGUGUAACGGUUAGAAGCAAAAGCUAAAAAAAAUGUUGAAAUCAAUUGCAUUACUCGCUUUAUGCGCAACAUUGGCCGCCGCCAAUUUGCAGCGCAUACCGCUCUACAGGAAUCCCAACUUCCAGAGCACACCCGAAAGCGCCGCAGCCGAGGCGGCAAUGGUGCGCGCUAAAUAUGCAUUCGACACAGUUCCCACUACAGGUGACAACUCGAUGGGCCAUGAACCGCUAAUCAAUUUCGCGAACCGUAUAUAUUACGGACAAAUUACGAUCGGCACACCGCCACAGGAGUUCCUUGUGUCCUUCGAUACCGGCUCCUCGAACUUGUGGGUGCCCUCGAUCAAGUGCAGCGCCUGCAGUCAAACCUGUCUGAACCACCAAAAAUACAAUGCUAGCGCAUCCAGCACUUACGUCGCCAAUGGUACCGGAUUCUAUAUGGACUAUAGUCAAGGUGGCGUCAUUGGUUAUCUCUCGGAGGACACUGUACGCGUGGGUGAUAUUGUUGUGGAGAAUCAAGUUUUCGCUGAAAUUCUAACGGAAGUUGAUAACUCUUUCACACAACAAAGUUAUGAUGGUAUCCUGGGUUUGGGUUUCCAAUCGCUCGCCGUCGACGAUGUUACGCCCGUAUUAUCCAACAUGUGGUCCCAAAAAUUAUUGGCACAGGAAGUAUUCUCCUUAUAUUUGGCCACCGACGGCACGUCCCAACAGGGUGGUGAACUUAUAUUGGGUGGUUCAGAUCCAUCACGUUACCAAGGCGACUUGUACUAUGUGAAUCUUUCGAAGAAGAAUCGUUGGCAAAUCAAAAUGAAUAGUGUCUACUUUGGUGAUAGUACACUAUGCAAGGAUGGCUGUGAAGCUGUUGUAGAUACUGGCAGCAGUUUGAUACUUAUGCCUGAUGGUGCUUUCAAACUUUUCAUGGAUGUAUUCUACAACUCCGAACACUUACCGGAUAUGGAAUUCGUGAUUAACGGCAGCAGCUUUACGCUUCCCGCAAAUCUGGUAAAUGUUCAGAAGAGUGGCUCCGAUCACUGGGUUUUGGGCGCUGCAUUUUUGGAGGGCUUCUAUACGGAAUUCGAUAUGGCCAACGAACGCAUUGGAUUUGGUACAUUGGCUUAAUUUGUUUUUAAAUGUUUUUUAGACUGCGUGUGAGUUUAAAUGACGAACUAUUUUAAAUAAACGAUAUAUUUGGCAUAUUAA